AUGGCAUAAAUUUCAUAAAAGCAAAGAGGUGUCUUUUCAGAAGUGUUAGACCCUACUUUACCUAGUGAGUACAAUGUCAAGAAUUAUAAUCAGGGUCCAACUCCUGAUUUGAUUAUGACUACAAUAAGUCGAUAAACAAUUCCUAAGGCAAUCUCCUUGCAACGGUUACAAACAUCAAGCUCUAGCAGACAAUAAUUGCGAUCUGAUUUGGCAUCUCGACAAAUAUCAAGGAAUCAGUUGAAGACAAGAUAGAAAAACGAACAAGUUACAAGUGUAGAACCAAAAGUAAUUUACUUUGUGGCAUUUUUUAGGUGAUAUUACCUUAUGAUCCUAUUCCAGGAGAAGUCCCAAGAAAAGUAGCCAUUGAUAGAAAAAGAAAAGAGUUUCGAUCACUGGAUUUUAAUAAAUUGCUUCAAGAAGCUGGAAUUGAAUUUAAAUAAAAAGAUUAAAGUGUAGAAUGGCUGAAAUUGGAAUAUUUUGAUGACACUACCUACGAUGAUAACAGUAACGAAGACUGGAUACGUAGAGAAGAGGAUGAAGAAGGAAUAAAACAUCCUCUUUUAGGUUUAGGAUUGAGAGGAGAUGAAUAUUAAUAUUUGGAGAUUUUUGAUUAUAAAAAUGAAAAAUUUAUUGGGAAAUGGUUGAAAGAUGAUGUGAAAUUAGAUUUGCAUAGAUUAUAUAUUUGUUUUGAUGCAGAAGAUCCACGUAAAUACGUUAAGAGAUUAAAAAAUGCAUUUUAAUAGAGAAUUUAUGCAGAUGCUCUGGUCAGAUACAAUUAUUAUAUUGAUAAUAUGUCAUUGUUUGAUCUAAGUGAAUUAGAUAAUGAAUAAAAGAAAAGAAUAGAGUAAAAUGCAAAAACAAAAAAGUUAGAGGCUAUGGAAACUACUUAAUUGCUUCUUGAAGUUAAUAUGGAUUUCUAGAGAACAAUGAACAAAAUAAUUUUUGAUAAAUAUUUAGAUGAUGAAUAACAAGAUGAAAAUUAUCCUAAAUUGAGAUUACCUGCUAAAGAGAGAAAAAAAGAAGUUCGUUAUUUUGGUUGGAUGGAAUUAGAAGCAUCUAAGGGAGUUAUGGAAAAAUGGAUGUUCAAAUAUGAUGAGCCAUUUAUAAGAAAACCAUUAACUUUUGAUGAAUUAAAUAAGAAUUUCGGAUUCUCUACUUUAUACGUGAGUCAAGAAGUUGUUAAGGCUUUGUAAGAUAUCAGACAUGAAUGCAAUUAAGUGUUAAAGGAAAGUUUGUUUGAUUUUUCUAAAAGAGAAGGUGCUUUACAUUUAGAUGAAUAUAAACAUAUGUAAGAGAAUGCAACUACUUCAUUAAUGUAUUAAUUGAAAGGUACAUGGGUACCUACAAUGAUUAAAAUCAUUAAAGAUAGAUUUGCUGAUAUUGGCAAAGGUUGGUUUAACAUGAAAGAGACUUCUAAAAUUACUUAUGAUUUCGGUAAAUUGAAGCGUAUGUUAACAGUUAUUAGAUUGAUGAUGUAAGAUACCAUAACGACAUUGAUGAAAUCAAAUUUUGAUAGAUACUAGAAGACAAUUCAAAGUAAUAUACCUGUUAAUGUUGAUAUAAAAAAUACAGAUUGGGUUUUAAAUCAUUAUGACGAUGGAUAUAAGGCAGAUAAUAGAGUUUAAGUUUUUAGUCAUGAUAGAAAAUUACCUUUAUUUUAAAUAGAAUUAUUAGCAAAAGAUGAUUUCUUUUAAUACACAACUAAUCCUACUUUAUAUGUACUAAUAUCAUUAUAAGCCAUGAAAAAAGCAGUUGAUGAAAUGGCAAAGAUUCCAGAUUUAGAACCAAGAAUUUUGUCUGAUUUACACAAAUCUUAAAAAUUAGAGACAUUUAUAAAAGCUCCUAUGAUGCCAAUUUAAGAACCUGUUGAACCAGAUCCUAAUGAAAGACCUAGAAAAUUCGCUGAUGAAAAUAAAUGGGUUUGGGAUACUUACUAUAAUGUUAAAGCAUCUAUUGAAGAAGCAUUAAAACCAUUAGAACAAUACAAAAUUGUUUUUAAUAAAUAUAUUCCAGUCUUAAAAUUGAGACCAGAUGAUGUAGCUAGAGACAUGGAACUUGAAGAUCCUCCUAGAGAAUUUGAAUCAAUUCGAGAUGAAAUUAUUAAAGCAAAUUAAAAAGAAAAAUAAUUAAAUGAAGAAAUAUUGGAUUCAAUACAUGUUGGAAUGUUUGAAAUUCAUUUAAAUGAAGCUAAAGGAAUAUUAAUUGAAAGAUAUCAAGGACUUUAAAAAAACUUAAUUGAUCUUAUUGCAAGAAGAGCUAGAAAUACUAGCAUUAGAAUAUUCUAAGAAUUUGGAGAUAUCAAGAAAACAAUUCUUGAAGAACCAGAUACAAUAGAGAAAUUGACAAUAUUAAAAGAAUAUAUUACUAAUUUACCAUAGGAGUUGGAGAAGAUGAAAGUGAAGAUGAAUUAAUUAUUUGAUGUUUUUAAGAUGUUAGAAGAAUUUAAUUACAGAUUUCCAUUGGAUGAUUUUUAGAGAAGAUGGAAGAUAUUUGGUAGUCCAAAAGAAAUAAAAGAGAUGGUAGAGGUGAGAAAUGGUUAAUUGGAGAAGUUGAAAGUGAAAUUUUCAGAUGAUGCUAAAGUGUAAUAGGAAGAUUUCAGAGAAUAAAUAGAAAAUUUGGAGAGAACAAUUUAAGAAUUUCAUAAACAUUAGGAUGUGAGUAAAAAUAAGGACAUGGCAGAGGUUGUGGAGUAUGUGAUGAAGUAAAUAAGUGAGUUUUAGGAUUAAGCUAGUAAAUUCAAUAUGCAAGAAGCAUUAUUUGAUAAACCUUAAACAGAUUAUUCAAAAUUGAAUUCAAUGUCUAGAGAAUUUAAACCAUAUUAUGAUUUAUGGUCAAGCACAUAUAAAUUUAAGAGUGGCAUAAAAGUAUGGUUGAAUGAUGAUUUUACGAAUAUUGAUGCUGAUGAGUGUGAAAAGAUAGUUGAGGAGGGUGUAAAGAAUAUAUAAACAGCUAUGAGAACAAUAUAAGUGACAGGCAUUCAGAAGAUUGCUGAAGCUGUAAAAGCAGAGAUAGAUGAAUUUAGACCAAAAGUUCCAUUGUUAUCAGCAUUAAGAAAGAAAGGAAUGACUGUAAGACAUUGGACAUAAGUAUCUUAAUUGAAAGGGUUAGAUCAUGUGAUAAAUCCAGAUGAAUAGGGGUUCUGUUUUUAAGAAGUGUUAAAUAUGGGAUUUAUGGAUGUAAUUGAUAAGGUUGUUAAUAUUGGAGAGACUGCAAGUAAAGAAUAUUAAAUUGAAAUGAUGCUUGAUAAUAUGCUUAAUGCAUGGGAGAAUAUUAAAUUUUAAUGUGUUCAAUAUAAGAAUACAUUUAUAUUGAAAGGAUUUGAUGAAAUACAAAUUGUCUUAGAUGAACACAUCAUAAAUACUUCAGCAAUGGUAUUCUCACCUUUUAAGAAAUUCUUUGAAGAAAGAAUCAGUGAAUGGGAUAAGUCAUUAAGAAAGAUAUAAGAUAUUUUAGAAGAAUGGGCUAAAUUUUAAUAAUAGUGGAUGUAUUUAUAACCAAUAUUUGAUUCAUAAGAUAUUGCUAAAUAAUUACCUGCUGAAACUAAGAAAUUUAAAACUGUUGAUUAAACUUGGAGAACUACAGUGACUUAGGCAAAAGCAAAAGAGAAAGUAUUAGAUGUAUGUAUAGAGGAUGGUUUAUGGGAGAGAUUACAUGAAGCAAACAAAACAUUGGAAAUGGUUUAAAAAGAGUUAAAUAAUUAUUUAGAAAAGAAAAGAGAAAAGUUUGCUAGAUUCUACUUUUUAUCUAAUGAUGAAUUAUUAGAAAUAUUAUCUUAGACCAAAGAGCCAACAGCAGUACAACCUCAUCUUAAAAAAGUGUUUGAGAAUAUAAAUUCAAUAGAAUUUGAUAAAGAUAAGAAAAUUCAUGCUAUGUUUUCAGCAGAAAAAGAGAAAGUACCUUUUGUAAAGAUUGUGGAUCCUAAUAAAAAGAAUGUUGAGGAAUGGAUGAAUGAAGUAGAGAAUAUGAUGAGAUUAUCAGUUAGAUAAGCAUUAAUGCUUAGUAUUGAGAAUUACAUCUAAAUAAAAAGAGAAGAAUGGGUAUUGAGACAUCCUGGUUAAUGUGUAUUAAAUGGAUCAUAAGUUCAUUGGACAAAAGAAGUCGAAAAUGCAAUUGAUACAUAGAAUCUUAAAGGAUAUUUUAAAAGAUUAGAAGAAUAGCUUGGUAAUUUAGUUGAUUUGGUAAGAACUAAAUUGUCAAAGUAAGCAAUGGUUACAAUAAAUGCAUUGAUCGUUAUAGAUGUACAUGCUAAAGAUGUAGUACAGAAAAUGGUUGAUAGUGAAGUUUAUGAUAAGUUUGCUUUUGAAUGGAUAUCACAAUUAAGAUAUUAUUGGGAGAAUUAAUAAGUUGAUUUUGACUGUUGGGUUAAGUGUGUAUAGACUAAUUUUCCAUAUGGUUAUGAAUAUCUAGGAAAUACACUUAGAUUAGUUAUUACACCAUUAACAGAUAAAUGUUAUAUGACAUUGAUGGGAGCUUUAAGAUUGAAUUUAGGAGGAGCUCCAGCAGGUCCAGCAGGUACUGGUAAAACUGAAUCAACUAAAGAUUUAGCUAAAGCAUUGGCUAAAUAAUGUGUAGUAUUCAAUUGUUCAGAUUCUAUGGAUUUUAUUAUGGUUGGUAAAUUCUUUAAGGGUUUAGCAUCUGCAGGAGCUUGGGCAUGUUUUGAUGAAUUCAAUCGUAUCAAUAUUGAAGUGUUAUCAGUUAUUGCAUAAUAAUUAUUAGUAUUAUUUGGAGAAAAAGCAAAAGGUACUCCAUAAGUAGAAUUUGAGGGUUCUAUGAUUAAAAUCUUACCUACAUUUUCGGUUUUUAUUACAAUGAAUCCUGGUUAUGCUGGAAGAACAGAAUUACCUGAUAAUUUGAAGGCUCUCUUUAGACCAGUAGCUAUGAUGGUUCCAGAUUAUGCUAUGAUUGGAGAAAUUAUGCUUUAUUCAUUUGGUUUUAAAUUAGGUAGAGAUUUAUCAAAAAAAAUGGUUACAACAUUUAAAUUGAGUUCAGAAUAAUUAUCAUCUUAAGAUCAUUAUGAUUAUGGUAUGAGAGCAGUAAGAUCAGUUAUUAAUGCAGCAGGAUUAUUAAAAGUUCAAUUUCCAGAUAUGAAUGAAGAAUAAUUAUUAUUGAGAGCAUUGAGAGAUGUUAAUGUUCCUAAAUUUUUGAAAGAUGAUUUACCCUUAUUUGAAAAUAUUAUAUCAGAUUUAUUCCCUGGUUUAGAAAGACCAUAAUAUGAUUAUGGCAAAUUGAUUCCAGAAUUAUCAUAAUAAUGUGAGAAAUACAUUUUUAAAGAAUAACCUUAUCCUGUCCAACCUGUUUAACCAUUUAUUGAUAAAGUCUUAUAACUUUAUGAUACAAUUCAAGUUAGACAUGGUUUAAUGUUAGUAGGUCCAACUGGUGGUGGAAAAACAACUAAUUAUUAGAUCUUAUCUAAAUCAAUGACAAAAUUAGGAGAAGCAAAUGGAUUUUAUAAAGUGCAUACUCAUGUAUUGAAUCCUAAAUCAAUUACUAUGGGUUAAUUGUAUGGAUAAUUUAAUGAAUAAACUCAUGAAUGGACUGAUGGAGUCUUAGCAUAUAUGGUUAGAGAAGCUGUUAAAGAUACAUCUUCAGAUAGACAUUGGAUAAUGUUUGAUGGUCCUGUUGAUGCCUUAUGGAUUGAAUCUAUGAAUACUGUCUUAGAUGAUAAUAAAAAAUUGUGUUUGAAUAGUGGUUAGAUACUUACCUUAACUUAAUAUAUGACAAUGAUGUUUGAGGUUGAAGAUUUAGCUGUCGCUUCACCAGCCACUGUCUCAAGAUGCGGAAUGGUGUAUAUGGAACCAAGAGCUAUGGGUAUAUAACCAUUGAUUGAUUCUUAUGUCCAAAGAUUUCCUAAUAAUAUUAAAAAUAAGAAAAAAGAUGUCUUAAAUAAUUUGAGCAAGUGGUUCUAACUAUAUGUUGAAGAGGCUCUUGAAUUUACAUACAAACAUUGUAAAGAAGUUAUUCCAACAAUGAGAAACAAUCUUGUUUAAUCCCAAUAAAGGAUUAUUGACAGCUUAAUAUCACCUUAUGUAGAAACUGAAAUUAAAAAAGUAUCAGUUGAUGAACUUGAUUAAUUAAAUUAGAAUAUUGAAUACUUCUUCCAUUAUUCUUUAGUUUGGAGUAUUAUGGUUACAGGAGAUUUCUAAAGUAGAUAAAAAUGUGAUAAGUUUCAUAGAUAAUAAAUGUAGAAGUUUAAAGCCAACUUUGAAUAUCCUAAAGAAGGUUUAAUAUACGAUUAUUAAUUGAAUUUGUAACCAUGGAGUGAUGCAUAUUAAUCAUUUGAUAUUGAUUAAAAAUUAUAAUUUCAUGAAAUAGUAAUUCCAACAACUGAUUCAAUUCGUAAUAUGUAUUUAAUGAAAUUACUUUUAACUAAUAAUUUCCAUGUUUGUUGUCCAGGACCAACAGGUACAGGUAAAUCAUAGAAUUCAUAUUAAUUAUUAAUUAUGGGUAUGCCUGAAGACUUUUAAUAUGUUCCGUUAACUUUCAGUGCGUAAACAUCAGCAAAUUAAACUCAAGAUACUAUAGAUUCUUGGAUAGAUAAAAGAAGAAAAGGUGUUAGAGGUCCACCUGUUGGAAAGAGAUAAGUAAUAUUUGUAGAUGAUUUGAAUAUGCCAAAAAAGGAAGAGUAUGGUGCUUAACCACCAAUAGAGUUAAUUAGAUAAAUAUUAGAUCACUAAGGUUGGUAUAAUAGACAGGAUUUACAAUUUGUGAAAUUAGAAGGAUUGCUUAUACUAUCAGCAAUGGGACCUCCUGGUGGUGGUAGAAGUAAUAUAACAGGUAGAGCAGUUAGACACUUUAAUGUGUUAGCAUAUACAGAAUUAGAUGAAGAUGUUAUAAAAUCAAUAUUCUAAAAAAUUAUUCAAUUUUUCUAUAAGAAAUUCAGUGAGUAAGUUUAAGCAUUAUAAUUGCAAUUGGUUAAUAGUGUAUUAAGUAUUUACAAUUCAGUAAGAAGAGAUUUAUUGCCAACUCCAUCUAAAAGUCAUUACACAUUCAAUUUAAGAGAUAUAAACAAAGUGUUUUAAGGAAUUUGUAGUAUCUUACCUAAAAACUGUUAGGAAUCUGCUUAAUUAGUUAAACUUUGGUAUCAUGAAAAUAUGAGAGUAUUUCAUGAUAGAUUGAUAAAUGAAUAAGACCGUAACUAUUUCAAAUAAUUACUAACUCAAUACUUCAACGACUUUGGAUUGAAGCAAGAUGAAGUAUUAGACUAGGAAAGAAUUAUCUUUUGUGAUUUUUUAGGUAAUAGAGACUUAGAUAUACGACCUUAUGUAUAAGUAUAAGGUGAUCUACAAUAUUUUGUUGGUUAGAUGGAAGAAUUAUUGGAUUAAUACAAUAAAGAUGUAGGAAGUGGGAAGAAAUAGAUGAAGUUAGUAAUGUUUUUGGAUGCUUGUGAACAUAUAACAAGAAUUAGUAGAAUUCUUAGAUAACCAGGAGGAAAUGGUCUUUUACUUGGUAUUGGUGGUAGUGGUAGAUAAUCAUUAACAAGGAUGGGCACAUAUUUAUAGAAUUAUAAAUUACAAUAGAUUGAGGUUCUUAAGAAUUAUAAUAUGAGAGCUUGGAGAGAUGAUGUAAAGAAGAUUAUUAUGUUGGCUGGUGUAGAGAAUAAAUGUGUUACUUUUGUAUUUGUUGAUACUCAGAUAAUAAAUGAGUAGAUGUUGGAAGAUAUUAAUGGAAUACUGAAUUCUGGAGAUGUAACAAAUCUCUAUAAUGAUAAAGACAAUGAAGAUAUUACUUAAGCAUGCAAAGCUGAGUGUAUAAAAAAAGGACUUCCUCCAAAUAGGAUGAAUAUAUUCUCUGUUUAUUUGGCAAGAGUCAAAAAAAAUAUGCAUAUGGUUAUAGCUAUGUCUCCCAUAGGUGAUGCCUUUACUACAAGAUUGAGAAUGUUUCCAUCAUUGGUUAAUUGUUGUACUAUUGAUUGGUUUACAGAAUGGCCAGAAGAAGCACUUGAAGGUGUAGGAAGAGGAUAAUUAAUUGAAGUAGCUUAACAAUUAGAUUUAGAUAUCAAAAAUACUAGAUUAGUAGAUAUGUUUAAGUAUAUGCAUAAAUUCGUUGAAAAAUUGUCAUUGUAAUAUAAGUCUGAACUUAGAAGAAUAAAUUAUGUUACACCAACUUCAUACUUAGAAUUACUUAGUCUUUACAUUAAUAUUGUACAAGAUAAGAGAAAUGAUUUAAAAGCUUAGAUUCUUAGAUUGAAGAAUGGUUUGGAUAAAUUAUAAGAUGCUAAUAAAGCUGUAGCAGAGAUGAAAAUAGUUUUGGAGAAAAUGUAACCAGAAUUAGAAUAAGCAUAAAUUGAAACAACAAAAAUGAUGGAACAUUUAAAAGUGGAAAAAGAAGAUGCUGAUUAAACUUAAAGAGUAGUUGCAGUUUAAGAAGCUGAAGCUACUUAAUAAGCUAGGGAAGCAAAUUAAGUAGCUUAAGAAGCAGCAGAAAGGGUUAGAGUUGCUAAUGAAGAAUUAGCAUAAACAUUAUUGAAAGUAAAAGAAUUAUAAAAGGAUCACUUGGUUGAAUUAAAAUCUUUAUCAUCUCCACCUGAAGCUGUUAAAGUUGUAUUAGCAGGUGUUGUGAUACUUGCUACAGAUUAUAUUAAGAAAUCAGGAGGUGAAAUUAUCACUUAACCAGUGCCAAAUUAAAUUGGUAAGAAAGAAGAGAAUUAUUUUGAGACAGCUAAAAAGUAUUUACUUAAUGAUGUGAAUUCAUUAUUAUCAAUGUUAUUAGAAAAAUUUGACAAAGAAAAUAUUAAUCCAUCUGCUAUAGCUAAAAUGGAAUAAAAAGUUACUUGUCAUCCUAAAUUCAAUUCAAAUGAUGCAUUCUAAGGAUCAAAAGCAACAGGGUAUUUAUUUGGUUGGUGUAAAUGUAUGUAUGAUUUCUAUAAGGUUUAUACUGAAACUAAACCUUUGAGAGAAAAGCUAGCACUUAUGUCUAAAAUUGUAGAAGAGAAAAAUAGAGAAUUAUCAAUUAAAAAGAAAGAAUUGGAUGAAAUUAAUGCAAAAAUUAGAGAAUUAUAAAGAGUAUUUGAUGAUAAGAAGAAGCAAUAGGAAGAUCUAUAGAAGAAGAUUAAAGAAUGCGAAGUUAAAUUGGAAAGAGCUUAAAAGUUGACAGAAGGAUUGAGUGAUGAAAAGGAAAGAUGGGCUAAAGAUAUUGAAAAUCUAACUAAUAGUGGUGGUCUAAUCCCAGGUAAUUCAAUUAUUGCAUCAGGAAUGGUAGCUUACUCUGGACCUUUUGUUUCAUAAUAUCGUAUUAAAAUGGAAUAAGAUUGGAGAGCUAAAUUAAAGGAAUAUAAUAUUCCAUUCUCUGAUUUAAUUACAAUGAGAAAAUUCUUAGGAGAUGAAGUAAAGAUAUAAUCAUGGAAUAUUUGUGGAUUACCAAAAGAUGACACAUCUAUUGAAAAUGGUAUUAUAAUUGACAAAAGUAGAAGAUGGACUUUGAUGAUUGAUCCAUAAUCUUAAGCUAAUAAAUAUAUAAAAACAAUGGGUAAGGAUUUACCAGAAGGCUUAGAUGUGUUGAAAUAAUCAGAUUAAAAUUUAAUGAGAACUUUGGAAUUAGCUAUUCAAUUUGGUAAAUGGGUUUUAGUAGAGAAUGUUGGAUUAUCUUUAGAUCCUUCUUUGGAACCAAUACUUUUAUAAUAAAUAAGUAAGACUGGUACAUCUGCAACUAUAUAGAUUGGAGAUAAGAAUCUAUAAUAUAAUUUUAGUUUUAGAUUCUUUAUGACUACAACACUUCCAAAUCCUCAUUAUUCUCCCGAGACUUCAGUAAAAGUAACAAUAAUUAAUUUUGCAAUUACUCCUUUAGGAUUGGAAGAAUAAAUGUUAGCAUAGAUAGUGGCAUUGGAGAAUCCGAAUUUAGAAAAUAAAAAGACUGAAAUAGUAAGAAAGAAUGCUUAAGAUAAAAAAGAAUUAGUUAAUAUUGAAGAUAGUAUUUUAAGAAGUUUAUCUGAAACCAAAGGUGACAUUUCUGAAAUAUUGAUGGAUGAAACUUUAAUAAAUAAAUUAUAAAAUUCAAAGAAAUUUGCAGCUGAAAUCAAUUAAAGAGUGAAAGAUUCAAAAAUAACUGAAGCUUAGAUUGAUGAAGCAAGAGAAUCAUAUAGAUCAGUUGCAUUUAGAGCAUCUUUACUUUUCUUUUGUAUAAUUGAUUUAUCUACAAUUGAUCCAAUGUAUUAAUACUCUUUGUAAUGGUUUAUUAAUCUAUUUACUUUGGGUGUAUAGAAUGCUCCAGCUUCAUAAGUAUUAGAGGAGAGAUUAAAUCAUCUUAAUGAUUUCUUCACAUAUAUGUUGUAUGAAAAUGUUUGUAGAUCAUUAUUUGAGAAACACAAAUUAUUAUUUUCAUUUAUGUUGACUUAUAAGAUAUUGAGUGCUGCUCAUAAAAUGAAUGAAGGAGAAUGGAGAUAUUUAUUAUAGGGUGCUACAGGUGAUGUAUAAUUAGCUCCAAAUCCAACUGAAUGGAUAAGUGAAAAUACAUGGCCAGAAACAUAUAGAAAUAUUAAUGGUAUGUCAGAAUUAACUAAUUUUGAUGGUAUAUUAUCUGAUUUCAUGAGUAAUUCUGAUAAAUUUAAAACUAUCUUUGAUGCACCUAAUCCUUAAGAUAUAGAAUUCCCAGAACCUUGGAAUGUUUAAUUGGAUUCCUUCUCAAGAAUAUUAUUAUUAAAAGCAAUUAGAAGUGAUAAAGUUAUUCCAGCUAUUUAAAAAUGGAUUAUAGAGAAAAUGGAUGAGAAAUUUAUUAUUCCACCUACUUUUGAUUUAAGUAAAUGUUAUAAGGAUUCUACUCCUAAUACUCCACUUAUUUUUGUUUUAUCUCCUGGUUCAGAUCCAAUUGCAGAUUUAAUGAAAUUUGCUGAAGAAAUGAAUAUGACUAAAAGAAUAGAUUCAAUUUCUUUGGGUUAAGGAUAAGGUCCAAAAGCUGAAAAAUUAGUUAAAGAUGCUUUAGGUAGAGGAGGAUGGGCAUUAUUAAUGAAUUGUCAUUUAGCAACUUCAUGGAUGAAUGAUCUUGAAAAAUUAAAUGAGGAAAUGUAAGAUUAAGGAACAAAAGAUUUUAGAUUAUGGUUAACAUCAAUGCCAUCUAAAUCAUUUCCAACUAUUGUUUUGUAAAAUGGUGUAAAAAUGACCCUUGAACCUCCUAAAGGUCUUAGAAAUAAUAUGCUUAGAACUUACACUCAAUUAGAUGAUAAAACAUUGAAUGAUUGUAAAAAACCAGAAGAUUUUAAAAAAUUACUAUUUGGAUUCUCAUUAUUCCAUGCAAUCAUUUAAGAAAGAAGGAAGUUUGGAGCCAUAGGAUGGAAUAUUCCUUAUGAAUUUACAAAUGAAGACCUUACAGUUUGUAGAAGAUAACUUAAAAGUUUACUUGACGAUUAUGUUCUUAUACCAUUCAAAGUUAUUAAUUAUUUAGGAGCAGAAAUUAAUUAUGGUGGCAGAGUUACUGAUGAUAAAGAUGUUAGAUUAAUUAAAACCAUUCUCAAAUUGUAUAUAGCUUAAGAAGCAUUAAAAGAAGGAUAUCAAUUCUUAGUACCAACUUAUUAUUAACCUAAUGUUGGUGAAAGAUAAAAUUAUAUUGAGUAUAUUGAAAAAUUACCAUUAAAUCCAGAACCUGAAGCAUUUGGUUUACAUAGUAAUGCUGAAAUCACUAAUGCCUAAAAUGAAACUAGAAUUCUCUUAGAAACUCUAUAAUCUAUACAACCAAGAACAUAAUAAGGAGCAGGUAAAUGUAGAGAAGAUGUUAUUGAAGAAUUAGCUAAUUUUGUUGAAUCAAAAACUCCUGAUUUAUUUGAUAUAGAUGAUAUUUCAAUUAAAUAUCCAACAGAUUAUCAAGAAUCUAUGAAUACUGUUUUAGUCUAAGAACUUAUACGUUAUAAUAGAUUACUUGCUAUAAUGAAAACUACACUUUCUAAUGUUAAAAAAGCUCUCAAAGGAUUAAUCGUAAUGUCAGAAGAAAUGGAAAAAUUAUCUAACAGUCUAUAUGAUAAUCAAGUACCUCAAUUAUGGGCUGAAAAAGGAUUUCUUAGUUUAAAACCAUUAGCUUCAUGGACUCAAGAUUUACUUGAUAGAAUUUCCUUCCUUAAAAAUUGGGUUGAUAAAGGAACACCUAAAGUUUUCUGGAUUUCUGGUUUCUUCUUUCCUUAAGCCUUCAUAACUGGUAUGGUACAAAACUAUGCCAGAAAACAUGUAAUUGCUAUUGAUAAAUUGUAAUAUGAAUAUAUUGUAUUGGACACAUUAACUUACACUGCCGUUACUGAUAAACCAGAAGAUGGAGUUUAUAUUUAUGGUAUCUUUUUAGAAGGAACUAAGUAUAUUUAAUUUAUUAUAUAUUUAGAUGGGAUUACAAGAGACAUUUAAUAUCAUAACCAAAAAUUAAGGAAUUAUAUUCAGAUUUACCAUUAAUGCAUUUAUUGCCCUAUGACCCAUCAUAAGUUGAAGUAUAACCAAAAGAUCCAAAAGAAAGGAAAAUUUAUAAAUACUAAUGUCCUUUAUACAAAGUUGUUUCUAGAGUAUAUAUUUUUGUAAUAACUUUAGGCUGGAACACUUUCAACCACAGGGCAUUCUACAAAUUUUGUUAUGCCUCUUGAAUUACCAUCAAGAGAUGAUGAAGAUGUUUGGAUUAGAGCUGGUGCAGCUGCUUUCUUAUCAUUAAGAUAUUGA